UUCUGAGACCCCAGCUACGGUCACGCUGCGUCUCUGAAAAAGCCGCAAGAAACAUUAAAAACAUUAAUAAUUUAUUAAUUCAAUAAUAAUAAAAUGCCGGAACCAGUUGAAAGUGCAGAGGUAAAGUCGCCGUCGUACGAUUUGUCCAAGUUCCGGCUGAAGCGGAUAUUAACCAACAACAGUGUGAGGAAAAGCAUUUCCCUCCUCGGUACGUUUCCUGACCUAUCGGAAACUGACGAUGCAAUUGUUGUCUUUGAGAAAAAUGCUUACCGGGAAAGCGAUGUGGCCACGGCCGAGCCGCCAACUAAGGAGUCUCCAAAGAAACCCAGUUAUUUUAACGCGGAAUUGAAGGUGGCGACUGAGUUUAUCAAUAAUAUUUACGGCAGUUUUCAGGUUGUGCCCAGCCGAGAUUUGUGCGCCGUAAAGAGCACAGUCAUAUAUCCCGCCACCGACAAGCACAUCGAAAAAUAUUCCGUUUGCCAGAAAUAUCUCAUUCGGGAAACGCCUGAUCUCUACCAAAAGAUAACGAAGCCCUAUCUGACGUCAAGCCAGUUCUCCCUAGAUUGGGUCUACAACAUACUCGAUCACAAGCAGGAGAAGGAACGGAUCGUGUUUGAGGACGAGGAUCCCGAGACUGGCUUCAUCCUACUGCCCGACCUCAAAUGGGACGGGCGUAAUGUGGAAAACCUCUACCUGCUGGGCAUUGUCCACAAGCAUGACAUCAAAUCACUUCGGGAUCUGAACGGGAGCCACCUUGAUCUGCUGCGUAAUCUACGCCAGUCGUCGAAGGACGCAAUUUCCAAGCGCUACGGCCUGAAUCCCAACCAGCUACGCAUGUACUUCCACUACCAGCCGUCUUUUUACCACCUGCAUGUGCACAUUAAUCCGGUUAAGAACGACGCUCCAGGCAUCUGGUGUGAGAAGUCUCACAUGCUGGACACGGUGAUCAACAACUUAGAGUUACUGCCGGACUAUUAUCAGCGAGCUACUUUGCCCUUCGUCCUGUACGAAGGCAACAAGCUUUUGGAUCUCUACGAGGAGGAGCAACCGAUUCGAAAGGUAUUAGUAUUGAGUGAUGAUAAGGAGCAGCGUGAGAAGAAACCUUCAACCACCGCAGCAACAGAAGUCUUCAGUGAUGAGGAAUCGGAGGAGAGACAGUGCAAGCGCAUUAAGCUGGCCACCCCAGAGCCCAAAGAGGCCGAGGCUGUCAAGGCGUGUGCUUAAGUUUUAUUUCUAUAGCCUAAAAGUCGAUGAAAUUCAAAAGAAUCCCACUCAAGGUUUAUUACUUAAUGAAACAUAAAUGUAACCUACAUUUAUGUACGUAUGAAUACAAACCAAAAUAAAGUAUUCAUUUUUCUUAAAAUGAUGUAGGGGAUUUACAACUAGUGUCUUGAGCUCCAUCACCUACUGUGACUACUGAAAAUUUAUUUCUUUCACUUAAAAAUCCUCAGAAUUUCUUUUUUUUAACUGAAUUUAUCUAAAUAGUUGAGAUCGUUUAUCCAAUUUAUUUUUCGCAUAGCGCGUUAAUCACACAUUAUUAUUUACAAAAACUAAACAAAUUUAAAAAAAUAAAGAAAACGACUUUAAAAUUUGUCAG